CUAAUAUACAAGAAGAAGAAAUUACUUAUGUAAGAAAAAGGAAAGUUGAAAACGUUGAAGCGGAAGUAAUUGAUAGAUCGGAAUUUGAGAAGCAUAUUGAAAGUAAAAGUGUUGCUAAAAGACAUAGAAAACUUCCAAAAAGGCUUCAACCACCUCGAAAAUUGCAAAAAAAAGGAAGGAAGAGAAAAAGAUCAAGAAGAAGGAAAAGAUCAAAAAGAAGAAGAGGGUAAUAAUGUUGAGGAUGAUGACGAGAAUAAUGAUAGUGAAGAUGAUGGUGAGGAUGAUAAUAAGGGUGAUGUAAAGAUGAAAGAGAAAGAUGAAAAAGAGGAGAUGGAAGAUGAUAGUGAGGAGGAACAAAAAAUCAAUAAAAAAAAUCAAACUCAGAAGAAGAAAAGAAAGAUUGAAAAAGAAGAAGAUGGUGAGGAUGUCCAAGUAGUAGAAGCUAAUGAGCAAGAUAAACUAGUUAAGAGGCAACCUUAUCAAAGAGUACCUCCUACUCAAUUCAUGAAGGAUGUGUUGAUAAAUCUUUCGGAAAAACAAAAGCAAGCUAUUCGGAACAUUGGUUUUGGAGGCUUUUUGGAAUUGGAUUUACCAAUCCAUAUUAAUUCUAUGUUGACAGAAAACUUGGUUACGAAUUUUGACACGGAGAGAUGUUGUUUGAUGUUACCAAAGAGAAAACAAGAAAUAUUUUUGGAGGCAAUUGAUGUUCAUUUGGCUUAUGGGUUUCCAUUGGGAGGCAAAAGGAUUGAGCAACGAAAUGAUGAGUCAAAUCUGAAAUGGAGCAAGUUUCUAAAAGCUUGGAGAAGCAAGUUUGGCCUCAAAAAAGGAAGUCCAACCAACAAGAGAUUGAUUGACAGAAUUCAAGAAUUGAAGAAGGAAAAAUCAGUUUCUGAUGAAUUUCUUUGGAACUUUGUGGUAUGUGUUGUCAAUUGUUGCAUUCGAUCAACAAACAACCCACAACUAUACAUUAAAUUCUUGUAUAGUUGUAUGGAUGUAAAGAAAAUUGCUGAAUUGGAUUGGUGCACAUUUGUGAUUGAGCACUUGAAAGAUUCUAUAAGUGUAUGGAAGAAGGGAAAUUCUUACUUUACAGGUCCUUUACCUUUUCUAAUGGUAUUCUAUUUUGAUCGUCUACAAAGAGGAGGGAUAGAAAAACCAAGAAAAUGUCCACUAAUUUCGGUGUGGACAAAGGAAAGGAUUCAAGUGAGAUAUAAGUUUGAAAAAGAUCAUGGAUUUGGAUAUGGAAAACUCUUGGAAAGAAUGGAAUCAAUUGUGGAAGAAAACAAGAAACAAUCAAGACAAGAGGACAAGGAAAAGAGAAAGGAAGAGUCAUCAAUGGGCUUUUUGAGCAAAUUUGGAGAUUUGGCAAAAACACUUGCCUCGAAUGUUAAAGAGAUGUAUGGCAUGUUAGAACAAGCAAAAGAUCUUUUUGUUGAGGAAGAAACAACAGGAAAAAUGCAACAUCUCAUAGACAACAUAUGGUGCAAGUACACAACAAAGACAUUCGUGAACCAAGAAGAAAAGAAAAGCCCUUCUAUACUCAGCCAAGAUCAACAUGUCUUCGAUGAACCGGCGUUUAUUGAAGAAUUGGAUAUGGUUAUGGAUAAGGCAUGGAAGAAAUUCGAGGAAACAAGGUCACCAAAGUCACCGACAAUUUGA